UAUAUCUCUCUCUCUCUCAUUCUGAUACUUGUUUUCCUUUUUGUUUUGUUUCAUAUUCUCAUUUCCAAAGUUGCAAAUUCAAUUGAAAUUUUUCAAUCUUAAUCUUUGGUGAUAAAUUUUUAUUCUGUUGACCAGUUAAUCCGAAUUUGUUUUGUGCCAGAAAAUAUUAAUUAUGAAUCUUAGAAGUUUAUCCAAAACGGCUGUUCGACAAAAGAAAACGGAUGAACCCGUUGAUAUUUAUUCGGUUGAGUGUAUCCUUAAGAAACGAUUGAAAAAAGGUCGAACAGAGUAUUUCGUCAAAUGGAAAGACUGGGCUCCGAAAUAUAACACAUGGGAACCUGAGGAGAAUUUUCUUGAUGUUGAAGUGAUUCAAGAAUUCGAGAGGAAAAAUCGAAUGGAAAUUAAUACUUUGCCCAAAAAUAAUAAUUCGCUAAAUGAAUCCAAAGAAGAAGAAGAGGAAGAAGAAGAAGAUGAAGAAGAAGUAGUAGAAGAGGUCGAUCAACAAGUAAUUAAUCAACAACAACAACAACAACAGGAUAAAGAUCGAGAAUCACCACAUGAACCACCAGAAUUUUGGAAGAGAAAAAAUAAUCUGGUUGAUAAAAUGCUGAUAACUGAUGUUUUCGCAAAUGACAUGACCAUUACCGUUAAAGAGUUUCUGGUCUUACAUCGGCCCAACUAAUCGAAGAGUCGACAGAUUAAUUACUAUUUGAAGAGAAGAAAAAUCAUCGAAUAUGUUUCGUGACCAUUAAUCCGUCACAAAGAAACCACAGAGACUUAACACAAAUUUCAUUUAUUUUCCAACUUCCACUACCAGAGAAGUGGAUUAAGAAAAGGAUUACGAGAUAAUUGUAAUCAGUGUUUUCCUUUUGCUCUACUUAUAAAGACAAUCAGUAAAUCGCAAUUAAAGGAUUAAUUACAAUUGUUGAUGGAAAUUUAUCCUCAAAUUUCAUCAACAAAGGCAAAGGAUAUAAAACAAAUUAUAAUUUCUUAUAUACACAUUGUCUCCUAAAAUCUAUUGAUUGAAAAUCGAUCAUGAAACGAUUAAGCUUUUCAUGCUUUUUUGUAUAAUCAUAAAUGAUCAAUUGAUUAAAUUGGUUUAAAUUUUGCCUAAA